AUGAUAGAUAAGCUCCCUUCUGAGCUUCUCUUGGCGAUUUUCGAUCUGGUAAUCUUCUUCCGUGUGUCGGACUACGAUUGGAAUAGUAUUAGCCUAGUAAGCCGGAGAUUUUAUCAGCUCAUCAUACUGCUCAAAUACCGCACGAUUACAUUCUCCUCAGAAAGCGAGUGGUCUCUAAAUGUUCUAAAUACACAUCGUUUCAUGCAAUCGCGUUCCCCCAGUCACAUUGCUUGUCACCUGGGGUUGGUAAGAAACCUACGUUUUGUUGCACCGUUCCGGGUGGCUCAGUUCAAUCGAUGCUCCUUCCGCACGGUGCUUUGGUACUCGAACAGCAGGGGGGUGUCACAUGAACCGGAUAAUGAACAUUUCCAUACGGACUUUAUCUGGGAUCUCCUGGAUCAACUGGGCGACGUAUUCGGAAACCUGAAACCCGGGGCUCUGUCAUCAUUCUGGUGGCACCUGGGAACAUGUCUUCCAUCCCAUGUUCUUGACGAGGAUGGCUACAUCCCAAGGUUUCAGUACAAUAUCAGAGACCUCUCCUUAAGAACAGACCCCCACUGUCCACACGCAGGCCUCCGACUAAAGGGAUUGCGACACCUUAAAAAGCUUCGGUCACUGAGAUGGCAACAGAUCGUAACCUCAGAGGAGCUCGAACUCGUCGUGGGGUGUUUGGAGAAUAACUCCCGGUCUUUGGAGCUGAUAGACCUAGAAUUUGCCCCGGAAAUCAGAUCCACACCAUUUAUGGACACGAUCAACAAUCUAGCCGACCUACACACUCUCUCAUUGGGAAACUUCAGAUUCACGGAGUUCAUUAAAGCCGCAUUCACUCUAUCAAUUUCACGGUUACGGUCGCUGACAUUGAGAAGCUGCCCACAUCAACUGGUGGUACUGCAGAUCUUAUCCCAGUUAAAUGAUCCGAUUCUGCUACAGCAUUUUGAGAUCGCCUUAGAUGAAGCACAUGGCAUUGACACGCUUUCUGAAGCAGCUGACCACGCUCUGUACUCGUUUCUGGAAUCUUUCCACACUCUUGAACACUUGCACAUCCUUGUAUCAAACCCUAGAAAUAUGGAAAAAUAUUUUCAAGCGGUGAAACAUCAUCCUUCAAUGAAGUGUUUCGUCUACCACACGAGAAGCUAUGUGAUGGAUCCAAGGCGUUCUGAGUCCACUCUUCAUAUGCCGGUGUAUCUCCUGGCCGAUCUUGGAUUGGCUCUGUCUAGCGGUGCCAUACAGAAUCUUGGACUGUGCCUCUCUCCUAUUACUGCAAAAGCCGUUUUCCAGUCCUUCCUCCCGAACUUGCAAAUCCAGGUGCUCCAUCUCAGGCUAAGCGGAAGCGAAUAUCAACUUUACAACAUGAGACAAGCAUUGUUAUCAGAGCUGGGAGGUCAGCACGCCGAGUCUCGUUUCGAUGACGCUAUGGGUUUUCCGGGCACAGAUCUUGAUUGGUAUGAGGCCAGUCCGGAUCUGUUUGAGGUGCAGGCAAAUUCCAUGGCCGUAUCCCAUCUCCUCUCUCUGGCUAACUGGGCAUUCGGGCCCAAUGGAAUUAAAACUCUGAACAUUUUGGCAUAUGGCGACUUCAGCUGUGGAGAUCGGUACAAAAAGCAGCAAGCGAUCUUGGUGAGAGCAGAUCCGGACGCGGGUCCGAUCUCAAUGAGUACAGCUUCCAAAAGACGGCCAUACAGGAUAGUUCUUCACCACAGUGAUUUUUUCGACAAGCACGUCGGUGCCCAUGAAACAAUUAGCGCUUGUCCGCUGGAGACUCUGAUAGAUAACAGCGAUAAUAUCUGGAGCCUUUAA